CAGCUCUCCGGUGCUCGUGGCUGCGCGGCCGGCGGGGGCUCGCCGGUGCAUGGGCGGGGAGGCCCCGCCGGGCCACCGCCGGCCAUGAGAUGAGCAGAGCACGGCGCCCUGCCUAGAGCCUUUCCGGGGCCGCCGCGGCCAUGGCAUCAGAAGAGGCCUCGCUGCGGGCUCUGGAGAGUUUGAUGACGGAGUUUUUCCACAAUUGCACAACAAAUGAGCGGAAACGUGAGAUAGAGGAGCUUUUAAAUAACUUUGCCCAGCAGAUAGGAGCCUGGAGAUUCUGCCUGUACUUCCUGUCCAGUACAAGGAAUGAUUAUGUGAUGAUGUACAGCCUGACAGUGUUUGAGAACCUGAUCAAUAAAAUGUGGCUGGGGGUCCCAUCCCAGGACAAGAUGGAGAUCAGGAGCUGCCUGCCCAAGCUGCUGCUGGCUCACCACAAAACUCUGCCUUACUUCAUCAGGAACAAGCUCUGCAAAGUCAUCGUGGACAUCGGCCGCCAAGACUGGCCCAUGUUCUACCACGACUUCUUCACCAACAUCCUGCAGCUGAUCCAGUCUCCUGUGACCACUCCCCUGGGGCUGAUCAUGCUGAAAACCACCUCGGAGGAGCUGGCGUGUCCCCGCGAGGACCUGAGCGUGGCGCGCAAGGAGGAGCUGCGCAAGCUGCUCCUGGACCAGGUGCAGACAGUGCUGGGGCUCCUCACAGGUAUUUUGGAGAGCAUCUGGGAUAAGCACAGUGCUACUGCUGCCACUCCACCACCAUCCCCGACCUCAGGAGAAAGUGGUGACCUCUUGAGUAGCCUCUUGCAGAGCCCCAGCGCGGCCAAACUGCUGAACCAGCCCAUCCCCAUCCUGGACACAGACAGUGAAUACAUCUGCUCCCUGGCACUGGAGUGCCUGGCACACCUCUUCAGCUGGAUCCCUUUAUCCACGAGCAUCACCCCGUCCCUGCUCACCACCAUCUUCCACUUCGCGCGCUUCGGCUGCGACACCCGCGCCCGCAAAAUGUGCUCGGUGAACGGCAGCAGCCACAACUCACUGCUGGGGCAGGAGCGGGGCCGGCUGGGCGUGCUGGCCAUGGCCUGCAUCAACGAACUCAUGUCCAAGAACUGUGUGCCUAUGGAGUUUGAGGAGUACCUGCUCCGCAUGUUCCAGCAGACUUUCUACCUCCUGCAGAAGAUCACCAGGGAGAACAACGCGCACACGGUGAAGAGCCGGCUCGAGGAGCUGGAUGAGAGCUACAUUGAGAAGUUCACAGAUUUCCUCCGUCUCUUUGUGAGCGUCCACCUACGAAGGAUCGAAUCCUACUCCCAGUUCCCUGUGGUUGAAUUCCUGGCCCUGUUGUUCAAAUACACUUUUCAUCAGCCUACACAUGAAGGUUACUUUUCUUGCUUGGACAUCUGGACACUCUUCUUGGACUAUCUGACCAGCAAAAUCAAAAGUCGCCUGGCAGACAAAGAAGCAGUGCUCAACAGGUACGAAGAUGCUUUGGUUCUGUUGCUGACAGAGGUGUUGAACCGGAUCCAGUUCAGGUAUAACCAGGCACAGCUGGAGGAGCUGGAUGACGAGACCCUGGAUGAUGAUCAGCAGACGGAGUGGCAGCGGUACUUGCGCCAGAGCUUGGAAGUGGUGGCCAAAGUCAUGGAGCUGCUGCCAACUCACGCCUUCUCCACCCUCUUUCCUGUUCUGCAGGAUAACCUGGAAGUGUAUCUGGGGCUCCAGCAGUUCGUGGUCACUUCAGGAACAGGUCACAGGUUGAACAUCACAGCAGAGAAUGACUGCAGGAGGCUGCACUGCUCCCUGAGGGACCUGAGCUCGCUGCUGCAGGCCGUGGGCCGCCUGGCCGAGUACUUCACCGGGGACGUGUUCGCAGCCAGGUUCAACGACGCCCUCACCGUGGUGGAGAGGUUGGUAAAAGUGACGUUGUAUGGAUCCCAAAUCAAACUGUACAACAUCGAAACAGCCGUUCCCUCGGUGCUGAAACCUGACCUCAUCGAUGUGCAUGCCCAGUCCCUGGCAGCCCUGCAGGCCUACGCUCACUGGCUGGCCCAGUUCUACAGCGAGGUGCACCGGCAGAACCCCGAGCAGUUCAUCUCCCUGGUGUCCACGGCGCUGGAGGCCAUCACCCCCCUCAUCAGCUCCAAGGUUCAGGAGAAGCUGCUGCUGUCUGCGUGCCACCUGCUGGUGUCCCUGGCCACCACGGUGCGCCCAGUGUUCCUGAUCAGCAUCCCAGCCGUGCAGAAAGUGUUCAACAGGAUCACUGACACCUCUGCCCAGCGCCUCCCCGACAAGGCCCAGGUGUUGGUGUGCAGGGCUCUGUCCAACGUGCUGCUGCUGCCCUGGCCCAACCUGCCCGAGAGCGAGCAGCAGUGGGCCGUGCGCUCCACCAACCACGCCAGCCUCGUGUCCGCCCUCACCAGGGACUACCGCCAGCUCAAGGCCACGGCCAGCCUGCCCCAGAGGAAGGUGCAGCUGGAGGACACCAAAGUGAUCAUCCACCAGACACUGAGCGUUCUGGAAGAUAUUGUAGAAAGUGUCUCUGGAGAAUCCACCAAGUCCCGGCAGAUCUGUUAUCAGUCGCUGCAAGAAUCCGUGCAGGUCUCACUAGCCCUCUUCCCAGCUUUCAUUCAUCAGUCAGAUGUGACAGAUGAGAUGCUGAGCUUCUUCCUCACCCUAUUCCAAGGCCUGAGGGUGCAGAUGGGAGUGCCUUUCACUGAGCAGAUCAUACAGACCUUCCUGAACAUGUUCACCAGGGAGCAGCUGGCAGAGAGCAUCCUGCACGAGGGCAGCACGGGCUGCCGGGUGGUGGAGAAGUUCCUGAAGAUCCUGCAGGUGGUGGUGCAGGAGCCAGGCCAGGUGUUCAAACCCUUCCUGCCCAGUGUGAUCUCGCUGUGCAUGGAGCAGGUGUAUCCCAUCAUUGCAGAGCGCUCAUCCCCUGAUGUGAAGGCAGAGCUGUUUGAGCUGCUCUUCCGGGUCCUGCACCACAACUGGAGGUACUUCUUCAAAUCCAGUGUGCUGGCCAGUGUCCAGAGGGGAGUGGCAGAGGAGCAGAUGGAGAAUGAAGCCCAGUUCAGUGCCAUCAUGCAGGCAUUUGGCCAGUCUUUCCUGCAGCCUGACAUUCACCUGUUCAAACAGAACCUCUUCUACCUGGAGACACUGAACACGAAGCAGAAGCUGUACCACAAGAAGAUCUUCAGGACCACGAUGCUGUUCCAGUUUGUGAACGUGCUGCUGCAGGUGCUGGUGCACAAAUCCCAUGACCUGCUGCAGGAGGAGAUCGGCAUCGCCACCUACAACAUGGCCUCGGUGGACUUCGACGGCUUCUACUCCGCCUUCCUGCCCGAGUUCCUGGCCAGCUGUGACGGCGUGGACUCCAACCAGAAGAACGUGCUGGGGAGGAAUUUCAAAAUGGACAGGGACCUGCCCUCGUUCACACAGAACGUGCACAGGCUGGUGAACGACCUGCGCUAUUACAGACUGUGCAACGACAGCCUGCCCCCGGGCACUGUGAAGUUAUAGUGACUGCCCUGGACUCCUCCCUUCCGCAGGGAACAGCUCCGUGUUUCGGUUUGCCAGCUCCCCCUCUCCUCCCGGGCCUUCCUGCCCUGGAUCCACCGCUCUCCACCGCUUCCCUUGAGCUCUCCCUGCCCGAGCCCGGAGCCAGCAGGAUGUGUCUUAAUGCCCAUCCCCGGGGCACCCCGACUCUUGGGAAAUCCCUCUCCCGGGGCUUUCCCUCGGCUCCUGUAGCACUUUGUUGCAUCUGGAGGUGUCUGGAGAGAUCAUGUCCGUAUCAAACACGAGGCAGAAGCGCCAAAGACCACUUGAGACAUUCGUACCUUCGUGUCAUUCCACCUUCCUGCCCCGCCCAGCUCUCGGAGGAGGCUCCUGACCUGGGACUGGUUUGGCACUUCUGUCACUCCCUUUGUUUUUAAAUUGCCUUGAAAAGCUCCCCGAUGUUUGCGGGGAUUUAGAGACUUUUUUGGGUUUUUUUUUAAACGUUUUCUCAUCAUUCCAUUGUGAUACUAAAACAACAUGCUUAAUGGGAAUAAAGUGCUUACUUUGUUGUUUUAAAUAACUUGGGGCUGGGUUAGUUUCCCUCUUAAGUCAUUCUGUAAAUGAACAGGUGGUGAUCCACAGCUUUUCCCAGGAUCAGGAAUGAGGAGCAGCCAGCAAGGAUCCCAACAAGUCCAGCAGCUCCUGGAAGGUGCAGAUCAGUGGUGGCUUCUUCUUCUGCUGUCUCCUCGUUGAGUUUUCUGUCACAUGCUGUGGUGAUGCAUUCAUUCCCUCCAGCACUCUUGUCUGAAUCAUCGACCAUGAAGUGCCUGCAGGAAGGAAUUCCCCAUUCCCAGGGAGCCUGGAGCUCAAAUUCACCCUCUGACCAGUGCCCCAGUAGUGGCACCUGUCUGGUAAAAUCCCAGACACCAGUCAGGCAGGACCAGAUUGUGUGGGGUUUGUGGAUCUCUGAUUGUGAAACUGGGAAGGAUUUCUUUUCCCUGA